UCUUGACGGCGUGACCGAUCACCCCUGAAAGUUGGGACUGUUGUUGGAAGGAACUGGGUUAAAUGUCGGUGUGUUUGUGCGGAGUCACGGUGCUGACAGGCUCGGGGGGGAUUAUAUAACCACGGACACGCUGUGUAACGACUCCUGGCGGCUUUUCUGCGGGUCUUUACUUUCAAACUGUCGGAAGAUCUCAGGGACACAAAUGGGUGAGAAGGAAGAAAAGUGCCCCGAUGGAGUCAAAUACUACAGACUGUCAGAGAUCGAGGAGCAGAACACUUUCAAAUCAACCUGGAUCAUCAUCAACAACAAGGUCUACGAUGUCACCAAGUUUCUGGAGGAGCACCCCGGAGGUGAGGAGGUGCUGAGGGAGCAGGCGGGAGGAAACGCCACAGAGAGCUUCGAGGACGUCGGACACUCCUCCGACGCCAGAGAGAUGGCCAGCACGAUGGUGAUCGGCGAGCUGCACCCGGACGACCGACACAAGAUCGCCACGCAUGAGGAAAACCUGCUGACCACUGUGAAGGAGGAGCCCAGUUGGUGGUGUAACUGGUUGAUUCCCGUUGUGGUAGCGGGCAUCGUCACGAUGGUGUACCGCAUCUAUUGCAGCGAGUGACAUCAUCAGUCAUGCAGCUGUGACGUCAUCAUUGGGCACUGCAGCCAAUUACCUCAGCUUCGGAUUGACAGCUGCACCAGCCAAUGGCAGCGCAGACUGGCUGCUGCAGACCAACAACCAUCCAAUCGCUGUUCUGGGAUCACUCUCUCUACGCUGGCCCUCUCCUGUCGCAGCACUACAAUUCCCAAGAUUCAUUUCAUGCUCUUUAACCAACUAAUCACAUGGCAUUAUGUUAAUGAAGACAUUUUUAAUAUGUAUGUUUUAUAAAAUCUUUAUGAUAUGAAAUCUUGUAGAAACACAGUGGAUGUAUAAUUUGCUGCAUGUUUUUAUAUCUUUGUAACUGGAUGUAAAUGAAUUUAUAAUCAGCAGCUAACAGAGCUCCAAGAUGUCACUACAGUCAUGUGACUGACUGUCUUGAAGGAAAUGUAUGAAGUUUUUAACCACCUGGGUGCUGUUAUAAACGUACAGGUGUGUUUGGAUUCAUAUAUCUUUUAACAUUCUUUCCCAAAUUCCCGCUUUUGAUCGUUUGGUUAUUCAAAAUGUCUCAACUUUCUUUAUCUCUGCAGUGAAUCUGUUGGCAGCAGAGGCACCAGAUUAUCUUUUUAUUAAUGAAAAUGACAUAAAUCGAUCAUCUGGUCACUCUGUCGCCUGUGUGACGCUUUGAGCAACCAUUAACUGAGCUGCAUUUACAUCUGAAGUCAGACUUUCCUGACCUUUUCUGACCUGUGAUCACCUGCUGGGACUCCGGGUCAUGAGCUGUUGAACUAGAGGGGAGCGUCUUUUUAUAAGCCUGAAGUGGUCAAAUGUUCCAGUAAUUAACAAGGUUAAAAGAAAAGUGCACAUUAGCCAUCAUGUCAUUAAUGAUCUCUUGACUCCAUUAUUGACUCCUGAAGUUACACAAAACUUUUGUUUCAAGAGAAUUCAUGUGAAAGUCGAGGUACAGUUUAUUAGGAAAGCACCGAUCUGACUUUUUGAGUCCCGAUACCAAGACCUGGGCUUUGGGUAUCCACCGAUGGUGAGUAUUAUAGUACUGUUUCCAGUAUAAAAUUAAUAAUGUAUUGGGAAUCAUGUUCUUUAACGUGAAGCUUCUGGAGGUGCUUUUCUCGUCAUUCUCGUACUCAGUUGUUGUAGUUGUAAUGAAACUGGGCACAAUAAAAACAGAACAACAGAAGAGGUGCAAAAGACCCCAAGAAUAUUCAAAAAAAGAUAAAAAUAAAGUACUGGAACUAGCCGUGCGUGUUAAAAAAGGCACGAUGAUUGCUGACAAAUCCUGUGGAUGAACAUUUAAACGUGUAUUUUGAACCUGCUUCUAAAUAGUUAAUGAAAUGAUCUUGAAACAAAAGUUAUGUUGAACCCAGAAAACUGAAAGUUGUACGAGUUUUAACCUUCAUGUCGAGAUCAAACCUGGCAGCUGUUUCUCUCGGAGCUGCAGGUAAACCGGUAGAUGCGGCCAGUUAGUUUGGGAUUCUGCACCCUGAUGAUGCUUUCUCACCUGUUCACCUGUCAGAGCUGCACAUUCCUAAAUAAAUCUGCGUUUCACAGAAUCACCACAAA